CCUCCUCCUCCUCCUUCCAAACCAACACCACACGCACGCCGCGACAUUUCUCAGAUAUUUCGCCGCCCCUGCGCUUUUCUUCCUUCUUCCUUCCUUCCUUCUCCGCCGCAAUUUCUCCUGGUUAUCCCUAACACGACAUGCCGGAGGCACCUGCACGGGCAGCCGCCGACGUCGACGUCGUCACCUCCAGCGGCCGCCGUAAGGUCGCCGCCCAUUCCUCCGUCCUUGCGUCGGCGUCACCGGUGCUGGAGACCAUCCUGGAGCGCCGCCUGCAGAGGCUCAGGGAGAGCGGCAAGGGCGGCAGGGCCGUCGUCCGGAUCCGCGGCGUCACCGACGACGUCGCCGCCGCGUUCGUCCGCCUCCUCUACGCCGGCGGCAGGCGUGGCGAGGGCGAGGGCGAUUGCGAGGUGGAGGAGGACGUGGAGAAGUACGCGGAGCAGCUGCUGGUGCUGGCGCACGCGUACCGUGUGCCGUGGCUGAAGCUGUGGUGCCAGGAGGCCAUCGGGUCGCGGCUCACCCCGGGCACCGUCGUCGACGCGCUGCAGCUGGCCGACCUCUGCGACGCGCCGCAGCUGCACCUCCGCUGCAUGCGCCUCCUCGCCAAGGAGUUCCGCGCCGUCGAGCGCACCGAGGCAUGGCGCUUCCUCCGCGACAACGACCCCUGGCAGGAGCUCGACGUCCUCAGCCGCCUCCACGACGCCGACAUGCGUCGGCGAAAGUGGCGUCGGAAGAGCGCGGAGCAGAAGGUGUACAUGGAGCUGAGCGACGCCAUGGACAUCCUGCGGCACAUCUGCACGGAGGGCUGCACGGAGGUCGGCCCCGUGGGGCAGGCGCCGGCCAAGUCGCCGUGCCCGUCGUACGCGACGUGCCGGGGCCUGCAGCUGCUCAUCCGCCACUUCUCCCGGUGCAAGAGCCGCGCCACCUGCCCCCGCUGCCAGCGCAUGUGGCAGCUGCUACGCCUACACUCCGCGCUCUGCCGCCUCCCCGACGGCCAUUGCAACACCCCUCUCUGCGCGCAGUUCAAGCUCAAAGAGCAGCAGAAGGAUUCCGUGUCAACUUCGGUGUCGGCGAAGGCCGGCGACGGCGGUUACGGCAGAUGGGGGCUCCUUGUGAAGAAGGUGAAGGCUGUGAGCGUCAUGUCUUCUCUCGGCAAGAGAAGCCCGCCUCCGUGCCAGUGCUGAGCAAAGGAUCCCCUCUCGGGGUUGUGCAUCCGUCAAGUGCGGCGAGCGGUGGGAGCUCUUCGGCAUGGACGCGGUUUUCGACGACCAGCCAGCCGCCAACCGCUGUCCGCGACACGACGAUGGCCAUCAUCUCCCUUGAAGCUCCCACCGGCGGCGUCUCGUCACCGUGCAUUUGAGCUGCACGCAUGGUUGCGACAGGCAAGGCCACCGAAUCGUCGUGCCAGCUCAACUUCUAUCGUGAAUCGACAACUUGCUGCCAAGCUUGUGGGUAUCAUCCCUCUGCUUCAACCUGUAAGAGGAUUAGAGAGGAAUAGAAUUAGUGUAAUAUGGUGUGUGUUGUAUUGAGCCUCGAGAGCGAUUAUAUAUUUAGAAACAUUAAAACUGCA